UCAGGUUUCGCUGGAAAGUUGGCGUAAUGUUGUAGUCUGCUAGCAUCAGGAAGUGGGUGUUAAUCGAAAUGCAAAAAAUUUAAUUUCAAAGAUUAAAAGAUUUGUGUACAACAUUUUUGUAUUGCAGUUACAAAUGAUUAUUGUACAACUAAGGAUCAUGAAUGUCAGAAGGAAGUGAUUCAUACAUUAAAUUAAGUGAAUUUAGUGACGAGUGUUAACAUGGCAGCUUCUACAGGGGACAAAACUGUAAAUAAAGUGGCAUUAUGCUCAGCAAUAUUUGCAGGAUUUGCGUAUGUCGGAUAUUCAGUUGUUAGGACAGCAUUCUGUAGAAAACUUGGUCGUCGAGAUGGCGAAGGUUACCCAGAUGAACACCGGCUGUAUUUUCGAAGAUUGUCCCAAACCACACAAACUGAUGUUUUGCUUGGUAAUUUGGACAUGACUGGAUCGGGAAAGGUACUUCUUCGUCCACUGACUGUACAGGAGCGAAUCAGGGAGCUGAAUUUAAGAGCAAGAAUGUUCACUGAUACAAUGUUAGCUAUUCAGGCAAGUGGAAGUUCUCCCCGACACAGCCCCCUGCCAGGACCAAGGAGUUUGCAGUGCUCUCCGUGGAGUUCACCGCGGAUUCUGAGUCCAGUGGAUGUUCGUCACUUCUUAGCAAGCAGAUCUACUGAAAAUCUGUCAGGUCUUGCAAGCCAUGGAGGUCAUGGAGAAUUAGUUGGUUCCCCCAUGAGGCGGCGAUGGCCGCGCAGAUCGCUGCGUCAUUCAAGUCAGUCCAAGAACCGCAGUCCUGAAGGAAAACGAGAGAGUGAGGAAGAAGCUAGAAAAGAAGCAGAGAAGUUGUUACGCGAUGGAGAAGAUGAAUUAAGACUGCGUCUUGAGACUCUUUGUAAUCGUGAUAGAGUGAUGACUAUGCAUGAGGCAAAGAGUUUGGUGGCCCUGCUACACAGCAAUGAUGAACUUCUGCUUGAAAGAACACUCACCACAAUUGGUAACUGUGGAACAUUUUCAGCAAAUCAGGACAUUCUCCGUGAAGCUGGCUGUUUGUUUAGACUCCAGAACCUGUUAAUGUAUCCAAAGAUUAAAGUUCAACAUGCAGCAAUCAAAGCCCUGGGAAACCUGGCUUUGAAUCAAGAAAAUCAAAAGGAGCUUAAAGAUGCAAUACCCCUGUUGCUGACUUGCGUGAAUAAGGAGCAGACUCCAGAGAAGAUGCUGCUCAGUGCUUUACUCACAUUGAGUAAUAUUGCUGUACUGCCAGACUGGCAUGAUGAAUUUUAUCCCGUCCUUCAUGCACUCUACAACAUGGUGGAUUCUGGAAGUCCUCAAGUGAAAUUACAAACACUCAAGUUGCUGGUAAAUCUCUCGACAAAUGAAGAUAUGGUGCCUAGUUUGCUUGCAGCUGAGGCUCCACGGAGACUGAUAUAUUUGCUAGAUCCUUCAACAAAUGAAGACAUCCUGUUGCGGGUUGUGACAUUAUUAGCAAAUCUUACUAAUAUUGCUAAGGAACUGCAGUUAGACCCCACCAUUGACCUCCCUGCUGAGGAUAAGGCUGCUUCUCCAGACACAAUCAGGUAUGCGGCUAUCUAUGGGGUAAAUACUCAGGAGAAAAUGCAGAGUAAAGCCUUUGUCCUCAUGAAUCAACACAGAAAUGAAGAUGUGCGGUUUCAAGCACGUAAAAUGUAUGAGGCUAUUAAAUCCUGAGAGCAGGUUGACUAUACGGAUGGCCACGUGGGCAAACGGCACCCUGUUAUUGUAGUUACAAACCAUUAACUGGUGAUUGUACUUAAAGAGCAAUGUAGGUAGGUUCUAGUCUCUCAUUUUUUAUUUUAUUUUCAUUUUGGUUCAGGUGCUUUGUUUCAGAAGUUGAGUCUAGUCAUUGUUGAUGUUAAGAAUUGAGAUUUUAUUAAUGUUGGAAUGUGUAGGAGUUGGGCCUACUUCUUGUUCUUGGCAGUGUUUAGCCUUCACAGUGACAGUCAGAAGCAAGAUUUAUGUACUCUGAUUGACAUGUAGACUACUAUAAAUGAGGCCUACAAAAGAAAAUAAAGAAAUUAACUAGUUCUGGACUGCAAAAUGCUGUGCCAGAGAAUGUGUAGAAUUCCGAUUGAUGUGUGCUGUAUGUAAAAAUAUAUACACAUUUACAUAUAUGCAUGUGAACAUAUGUAUGACAAUGAAAUGAAGUUGUAUUCAUCUUACCGUGUUUCACAUGUGGUGAAAAUGAUAAAGAAUGGGAAACCCAGCAAAGAAACAUUUAUCAAGAGCACAAAUACUAGAGCUAAAUGAAAUGAUAUGCAGCUACUUUUAUUACUGUGACAUUGUGAAAAGUACACAAACUUGUAAUUUAAUGCAAUAUUUUAGAUUCUUGCAUUUGAAAUAAAACAGCUUAUUUGAAGUGCAUGCCUUCCUUUUCAGUGUUUCAUAUUUCUAUAAGUUUUAGCCAAUCAGUGUUUAUUGUGUCUUGUCUUAUAUUAAUAGUGUUUCAAGAUAGAAAUGAAAUGAAGAUCAGUGUAAAAUUAUGAUAUAGAUAUCUUCUACUAAAGUGUUUUGGUGUUCUGUAAUGGUAUUUCUUUCAUCUGAAAAACUAUAGUGUAUGCAAACAGAACCCCGCAAAAAUAUGGUAGAAAAAUUUAAAAUAAAAAGUUCUGUGCUCUUUAAAUAUAUAUACAGGCAACCCCCCCAACUUAUGAGCCCUUGCAUUCAUGACCAUUCUUUUCAUGCCAGGUUCACUCUGAAAACCCCCCUAAUUGAUGUAAAUUCCACAUGUAAUCUCAAAACUGAAGCAUUCUAUUUGAGUGUGUUGCUGCUGUUUGAAGUGUGCACGUUUUCUUGUUACUGUCCUUUGCUUUAAAUUGUAGUUGUAGUAUUGCUGUGCUUUAUUGACCACUAUGUAUGAUACAAGGAAAAGCAAUACACAGUGCAAAACAAAGCAAGAAGCCAAGAAAAGCUCUUACUUUGGAAAUUAAAAAAGAAGUUUUGAAACAUAUACUGAUUGCUUGUUUAUCUGUCACAACACAGCAACUCUGGAAAUCUCGUUCACAUUAACUGUAUAAACAAACAAACUCAGUGAUUUUAGUCCGCAAGCGAACUAUGCCGACUGCCGCUUGUCGGC